GUAUCUUUUGGAGGGGGGAGACACUAAGCAAAAAUUGUGAGUCGAAUUCAGUCGAGAGUCAAGUAACGAUCGGUCCGCGUGUGCGUCCUGCCGCGUCCUCCCACGCUUCUUCAUUCGCCGUUUCGUUUCCCAAGCCGAAGAGGAAGAACAUUUCAUUUUCGGUCGGCAAUUGUGGAAAUUCCGUUUCUCUCAUCAUCCAACACGAGUGCAUUUCGGGUCACUUGUUAAACAGAAAAGUUGAAACCAAAAAAGAAACAUACAACAACAACAACGAUGGUGAUUCAUCCGUCCGGCAGCCGGGAGUGAUUUGUAUAAAUUUCCAUCUCGAAAACAUUCCAAGGCCGUUUGAAAAAAACAAAAAAGAAGGGGAGAUUUGAAAAAUUUUCUUUGUGAUUUUUUAACUGCGACCAUUCUUCUUUGCGCCCGCCAUUGGGAGGCUCGUCGUGCGAAAAAAAGCAACAAGUUCUGAGUGAGAAAUGGCUUCUUCACUAAUUAUUCAUGCCCACCACCGAUGGUGUUUCUUGUUGCUGAUUUCCUUCGUCUUGGUCAACGCUUCCUUGCCGACAUCACCCAGUAACAACAACGUGACCUGUUCAUCAGUUCGUUCGGCCUAUCGGGCCAGAGGAUUGCCAGACCGAGACGUGCCACAAUCCAAUUUACCCAUCCCAGCAGGAAGUCAUCAGUUGCGGUUUUGCGGAUCGAGAAGCGGCAGCGCAGCGGCGGAAUCAUCACAACCGACAUGUUGCACCGAGGCCAUGGAGAACCGGCUGAACGACGCCAGCCGGCAGCAGUACGAGCUGGUGGUGCGAGACGCCUCUUCUUCUCUGUCGGCCACCUUCGCCGCCCGAGCCAAGAAAUUUGACGAAUUCUUCCGUGAGCUGUUGGAGAACUCUAAACGCGAUUUCCACGACAUGUUCAAACGGACUUAUGGCAUCCUCUACGAGCAGAACAGCGAAGUCUUCACCGACCUCUUCCGCGACCUGGAAGACUACUACGCUCGAGGCAAACUCGACCUGGAAGAAGCCAUGGAUCACUUCUUUACCGCCCUCUACCAGCGCAUGUUUACCGUUCUGAACGCCCAAUUUCGAUUCGACGACAAGUAUUUGAUCUGCGUCAACACGCACAUGAAGGAGUUGAAGCCAUUCGGCGACGUACCCAAAAAGUUAUCGGUGCAAGUCAAGCGCUCGUUCGUCGCCACCAGGACGUUCACGCAAGCGCUCAAUGUCGGACGAGACGUCAUCGCCAAGAUGCAAUCGUUGGAAGUUAGUGGCGACUGCAUGCGCGCCGUGAUGCGAAUGUCCAUGUGCCCCGUUUGCCAAGGUCUCGGCGAGGUCAAACCGUGCGGUCAUUACUGCCUCAACGUCUUUAAAGGCUGUCUGGCGUAUCACGCCGAUCUCGGAGUCGAGUGGGACAACUAUGUCGAUGCUCUGAUGAAAGUGGCCGAUCGACUUUUGGGACCUUUCAACAUCGAACUGGUUGUCGAUCCGAUCGAUAUCAAAAUCUCUGACGCCAUUAUGAAUUUCCAGGAGAACGGCUACGAGAUUUCUCAAAAGGUGUUUAAGGGAUGCGGACAACCACGGCUGGGCAAACGCAGUGCAACCACCUCCGAGAUCAAUUUCGAGAGCGUGAAAUUUGAUCGGGCCGGCAGUGGUGGCACUGGAACUGGUGGCGCCAACGUUCGUCCCACUACGGCAGCUGGCACGUCACUCGAUCGCCUCGUUCGUGACAUUAAACAGAAGGUCAAAUCUAGUCGAGGUUAUUGGUCCAAGCUGCCGCAGACUGUCUGCGCCCACGAGAAACUGGCCCCGCUGGCCGGCAGUGCCGAUGGAGACUGCUGGAAUGGAAGCGAAAGAGCUCGAUAUUCCGCUGCUUUGAUGGCCGACGGUGUAGCUGCUCAGGCGGGCAAUCCCGAAGUGACGCUGGACGCCAGUCGACCCAAUACUCUUGUCAAUGAUCAAAUUUUCACGCUGCGACUGAUAACCAACAAAUUGGAGAACGCGUACAACGGAAUGGAUGUCGAAUGGGACGAUUCCGUUUCCAAUGGCAGCGGAAGUGGAAGCGGCUCUGGUGAUGGAGCCGGAUCGAUGGAAGAGGACGACGACGAGGACCGUGAGCGGGGUAAGCACCCCGGCAACGGUCACAACACGAACAACGCCAACCGCGGAGGCGGCGUCGGCGGAGGCGGUUCGGUGUCUGGAAUCGAUUCCAACCGACAGCAGCCCAAAAGCAAACCCAAAAACUACGACGGCAUUCCUAGAAACAAUGUCGGCAAUUCCGAAGACGAGGAUGAAGACGAGGACGACGACGAUAUUGAAUUCACGCCGGGCGGAACUGCUCCCAAACCGGAGAAUAAGAUUCCCACCGCUUCGUCUGCUCCCCCGGCCGAUAGCACUCAACAGUCGCUGAGCCCCAACAAAGCCCUGACCAGUUAUCUCGUGCCUAUUGUCGUCAUGUGGCUCGGUAACAUGUUCUAAAAUGUUUCACGACACAUUUUUAUUUUUAUUUUUUUGUGGGGGGGUUUCCGCAUGCUUGUGAUCGUUUUUAUUGUAUUUGUUUUUUUUUUUUUUUUUUUUUUUUUUUAAUUCUUCACUCGCCUCCUUUUUUUAUUCUUUUGGAGCCAAAGCCAAGCCACAGGUAUACAUUUAUAAAUAUAUAAAUAAGUUCAGGGCGAUAGACAAAAGUAAGCGCGCCUUGGAGACAGCGACGAAAACUUCUUCACUCGGGCAUCUCUCCUUCCCUUAUUGGCUUAUUUCUUUCUCUCUCUCCUUUCACUUUGUACAUUUUUUGAGAAAAACACCAACAAAUUCCCCUGUAGGUUUUGCACGGACAAAAAUCCACAUCCUCCCCGUAAUAGUUUAUUUAAUCUCCCGUAAUAAUGAUCAUACUUUUUAAAACUCUGAAAUCAGCUAGCUUAAUAUUUCAAUGCCCCCCACCAAUCGCAGGACGGUUCCACAUCUGUGGCCAGGAAUAUUUAAAAAUGAAAUGUGGACGCGACGUAACGUUAGAUAAGAGGAGCAAAGACAAUAAUGGAAAAAAAUGGCGCCUAGUUCUCUAGUCACGGCCAAACGAAACAAGUAAAAAAGGUGAGAAGAGAAGCAACAGAAGGAAUCGAGAGCUUGGCAGAUUGCGAGUCGUAUGUGUGUAUAACUUCUCCCCCUCCUUAAAUACAUUUUUUCUUGGAUUUCUUUGGGGAAAAACAAGAAGAAAAAAAAAAUCCCGCAUCUCACUCGGCACUGAGGCGGCGUGUGAAAGGAAAAAGAUUUUCACAAGUAUACAAUUCGGUUGACGAUCGCCAUCUGUUGCAAGUUUAUUGCGCGCACAGUACAGAGAUGUUCACCGCCAUUGACCUUCUUUUUUUUAAUUAUUAUACAUAAAUAACAAGAAAUGUUUCCUCAUCUAUUUCAACUCCUUUUAAAAAUCGAGAAAGAAAAUCAAGUAAGAAAUCAAGUUUAAAAAAAUUGAUGUGUUUGUACUUGUAUAUAAGUGAGUUGAAUUGAAAUCGACUCUUGAAGUGCACCGUUGUCGUGUCUGUGUCAUUUUUGUGAACUUGUCUUGAAAUCAACAAAAGAAAACAAAAACAAAAAAAAAAAAAACAAGUUCCAACGUGUGUGAUGGUCAUGUUUCACUCCACUCUCGAUAACCACAAUGUCGUGCGGUUUUUACUUCACUUUAUUAUUUUUCAUUUUUUUUUGUGUCCGAUUAAAGGCGUGCCAAUUUAUUAUUUCACAUUCUGAGUCUUGUACAUAUAUCAACAUUACACCCCCUUGCCCGCCUAUUACAUUAUUCCCAACUCUUCUCUGCAGGUCCCACGUCGUAAAAACACACACACACAUAACUUUUGAUGGAUGCAUUAUAAAAUCGACAUAUUGUGAAUAAAUAAUUUCAACGACA